AAGCAGAUUUCCAGAAUCAGCAAGCUAGGCCGUGGCUGGACUCAUUAGAGAUGCUGCUGUCUUCGACUCAGCCAUCAUUCUUAGGAAUACUCCCACUGUUGUUGAUGUCAAACCUUCUCCACUGGGAAGGUGUGACUUCUGCUUCCAUUCACCACAAUGAGGAUGACUAUGGUGAGGCAUACCUCAAAGACUUGUUUGAUCAAGCCAUUAAACUGUCAAACAACACCAUGGCUCUCACUAUAGAAAUGCGAAUGAUAUUUUUCUCCGAUGGCUUCUCCUCAAAUAUGUUCAGAAAAAUUGUAUUGGAUUUUCUUAAGGACCAUAAGCACAUGGUUGAGACUCUUAACAGCUGCCACACAUUUUCCCUCAGUGUUCCAGAAACCUUGGAGGAAGCCAGAAAAAUCUCACUUGAAGACUUCCUGAAAAUUAUAGUCAGCAUAUUGAAUUCCUGGAAUAAACCGCUGUACCACCUAGAGACUGAACUCCGUUGUAUGAAGGGUGCCCCAGAUGCAAUUUUAAUAAGAGCCAAUGCCAUCAGGACCCUAAACAGAGAACUUCUAGAGACUAUCCUGAUGAUGCUCAGCAAGGUUCAUCCUGGAAUGGAGGAGAAUACUGACUACCCUUUAUGGACAGAUCUGGCAUCCUUACAGGCAACUAACAAAGAACAUCAAUUUUUUGCUCUUUAUAAAUUGUUUUACUGUCUGCGUGUUGACACAUUUACAAUUAACCUUUAUCUCAAGUACUUGAUGUGUAUGCUUUAUAGUGAUGACAUCUGCACCUCUGUAAAAUUUUAUGAAGAUCCUUGAUGAACCAUCAUUUCCAAGGUUCUCAUAGUUUUAUACUUUUCAAGGUAUGCAUGAACGUAAUGGUUCUCUUUCAUAAAAUAAAGAGACACAAAAGCACCUUA